UCCCAUCGUCCUGGGCAGUGCCACCACCAGCCAUUGUGGCCCCCCCUUGAGUGGCAAACUCAGGAAUUUACUGUGAGCAGGGCUGGGCUUUGGAGUCUCAGAAUUCCCAAUUAACUAUCAGCUGGUAUCCAUCUGUCUCUUCUGGUGCCACUCCACUAGAAAAUUCACCCAGGAAAUCACCUUUUGUUAGAGGUGGAAGCAAAUCAGGAUGAUCUGAAAAACAGGAGAGACUGCCCUUCUCAGCAAUCUAACUUUAGUUUUUAACCCCACUGUGACAACUCUCAACAAGUAGCACAUAGCUAGAACAAAUGGAGAAAUGUAGCUUGUUUCUUCUAGAGGAUGGUGUGGGGAGUCUGGGAAUGAAUGAACCACAACUCAGUGUGAUCUGCCCUUGGCCUGGUUGGCUCUUGGCCCAGUGGAUUCCCUUAAUCUGUUGCAGGGCCAUUGUCCUCUUGGUUCCCUCUAUCCACCUUGUGUCUACAACGUGCUAGCCUGUGUGACCAUAAAGAAGACCAGUCCGUAAUGGGGGCAAUUUGCCUGGGUCUCAGAAAGGUCCAUGUCACCAGAGUUCUCCACACUCAUGCUGUGAAGUCUGGCCUCAGCCUGUGUGGCUGAGCUCUCCUUUACUGUUCAUGGCAGCAUUACCCUGCCCACAAUCCUCUCUUCUAGGUUCCUUUGCCCCUUCCCUCUGUCCCUAUCCUAUUUCCUGUUUUCUCUCUUUGCCAAGGGACUUGCCUUUCCCUUAUCCUCUUAUUCUCUUUUCCUAGCUGACCCUUGCUAUUGUGGUGAUGUCUCCUCUCUUUUUAUUUGGUCUCCUACUGACCUAUGUGAUUUACCCAGUAUUCCAGCCAUCAGAUUCCACUGCUUAAGCUACCCAGCUUACCCACUGUUACACUUCUACCUUAGUCCAAAUGGCCCAGGACUUCCUGCCUUGCUUCCUGAGAUCAAGAAAAAGGGGCUGAUGACCCUCUUCAAAUUCAUAGCUCCUUGAGAUGGGCCUUGUACAACAAGCACAGUCAAGCAAAACAUAUCUGUCAUUAUAAAGCAGUGGUCAUCAAAACAAUAUGGUACAGGCUAAGAGACAGAAGGGAGGAUCAAUGGAACAGACUUGAGGUAAAUGACAUCGGCAAGAUAGUGUACAAUAAACCCAAGAUCCUAGCAUCUGGGUCAAGAACCCACUAUUUGACAAAAACCACUGGGAAAAUUGGAAAACAUUGUGGGAGAGAUUAGGUUUAGAUCAACAUCUCACACCCUACACCAAGAUAAAUUCGGAAUGUGUGAAUGACUUAAAUAUAAAGAAGGAAACUAAGCAAAUUAGGUGAACAUAGAAUAGUAUACCUGUCAUAUCUAUGGGAAAGGAAAGAUUUUAAGACCAAGCAAGAGAUAGAGAAUAUUAUAAAAUAUAAAAUGAAUAAUUUUGAUUACAUUAAAUUAAAAAGGUUUUGUGCAACCAAAGUUAGAAAGGAAGCAACAAAUUGGGGGGAAAAUCUUUUACUCAAAUUUACAAGGAGUUAAACCAAUUGUACAAAAAAAAUCAAACCAUCCCCCAAAUGAUAAAUGGGCAAAGGACAUGAAUAGGCAGUUUUCAGAUAAAAGAAUCAAAACUAUCAAUAAGCAUAUGAAAAAGUGUUCUAAAUCUCUUAUAAUCAGAGAAACGCAAAUCAAAACAACUCUGAGGUAUCACCUCACAUCUAGCAGAUUGGCUAACGUGACAGCAAAGGAAAGUAACGAAUGCUGGAGGGGAUGUGGCAAAGUUGGGACAUUAAUGCAUUGCUGGUGGAGUUGUGAAUUGAUCCAAACAUUUUAGGGGGCAAUUUGGAACUAUGCCCAAAGGGCUUUAAAAGACUGCCUGCCCUUUGAUCCAGCCACACCACUGCUCAGUUUGUACCCCAAAGAGAUCAUAGAGAAAAAUAUGUGUAUAAAAAUAUAGCCGUGUUCUUUGUGGUAGCAAAAUAUUGACAAAUGAGGAGAUGCCUUUCCAUUGGGAAAUGACUGAACAAGUUAUGGUAUCUGUUGGUGAUGGAAUACUAUUGUGCUAAAAGGAAUAAUAAACUGUAGGAAUUCAAUGUGAAGUGGAACAACCUCCAGGAAUUGCAGAGUGAAAGGAACAGAACCAGGAGAACAUUGAACACAGACUGAUUCACUGUGGCACACUCGGAACAUAAUGGAUUUCUCUACUAGCAGCAAUGCAAUGAUCCAGGACAAUUCUGAGGAACUUAGGAGAAAGAACUGUGGGAGUAGAAACACAGAAGAAAAAACAUUUCCUUGAUCACAUGGUUCUAUGGGGAUAUCGGGGAUAUAAACUCUAAACAAUCACUCUAUUGCAAAUAUUAGUAAUAAGGAAAUAGGUCUUGAUCAAUAAUACAUGUAAAACCCAUUGCUCAUUGGCUACAGGAGGGGGUAGGAAGAAUAGAGGGAAAGAACAUGAAUCAUAUAACCAUGGAAAAACAUUCUAAAGUAAAUGAACGUUUUAAAAAAACCAUAUAUCAUGUCCAAAAAUGUGUGUCUUAGUGAACUCCAGACUUCUAACUCUGAUAGAGUGCUACAAAUUACUGGGCAGUAUGCUCCAUUCAUCAGUCCUUUGGAUUCAUGGGUGUGGUAGUUGCUUCGGCCAGAGUUCUUGCCCUUCAAAUUUGCCUUUUUUUUUUAAACGUCAUAGUUAUAGUAGAAAUUGUUCAUCUGGUUCUGCUUACUUUAUUCUGCAUUAGUUCAUAUAAAUCUCGCCAGGUUUCUCUAAAUCCAUCCCUUUAUAUUCCUAAACUUGCACUAAUCCAUGACAUUCACCAUUAUUUAUUCAUCUAUUUCACAAUUAGUGGGCACCCAUUUUGUUUCAUUCCAAAAGUGAAUUAUUUGUAUUUUAUGGCAUCCAAAGUUGCCAUAAAUAUUUUUGUAUAUAUGUAUCCUUUCUUUCCUUUUUGGGAUAUUUUUAGUGUGGCUAGUAGUGUUCCUCUUGAAUUUUCAGAUUGAUAGGAGACCUGAGCCCCUGCCUAAGAUGUUUUUGCCCAAAUCCAACUUAGUGUUUUUUUUUUUCAUCAUAAACUGAAUUUAAAAAUCUACAUACAAAAUAAGAAAUAUGAUUUACACAAAACCAUCAGCUUAUUGUCUUGUGCAUUUUAACAAAAGAAAAAAUUAGUAAACAGCCAAUAAACUCCAUAUUUACUUUUGUCCCUGUCCCCUCCACCCAGUCCCUUACCUAUGGCUUAGUUGUAAUCAUUUUUGUAUAGUCAGUGUGUAUGCUGUUUUGGCUCAGUCAUUUUCUCUAGUACUUUUCAUAUGUUCUGCUCCUCAUAUUUAAUGCUUUAUGAUAUAAUAAUCUAUUAUAUUCAUGUAGUAUUUUUGAUUCAGCCAUUUCCCAGUAAAUGGAUGCACUGAUUUCUUUCCAUUUUUCCCCCACCAUCCUUCACAAAUAAAACAGCAACAUUUCCAAAUGUAUUAAAAAUAAUGUGACAAAAUGAAUGUUGGCUCCCCUUUUCAUUUUUCAUUUCAUUCAUAUCAAAUAAGAUAUAUUUGGCGUAAGCCUAGGAAAUUGGUCCCUGAAUAAAGAUUUUCCUGCCCCACCCAACAAGUGGAGGAGGGACUUUAUUUAACUAGUUUGUGACCUGUACAAGUUUCAUUUUUCUUUCGAAGCUCCUUGAGACACAUCAACUAGGAUCCACACCAGACUUUUCAGAGCAAACAAAUUCUUCGAACAUCACAACUGCUGAAUAGCAUUGCAAACCCUAUGGUAAGCUCUUUGGGGAUGGUGAAAUCCAGGAAGGGAAUAACAAUGCAUUCAAAAAUCUUCUCAUUAGGGACUGCUACAUGAUUCAUGGUAUCAUUGGAGUCAUGCAUUUAGGGAAAUAUCCUGGUGAUCCUCAGAAAUUUGACUCAAACAGAUGCAAGUUGGAAUAAAAUAUUGGAAGUGACUUCUGGGUUAGCUCAUGGGAAUGGAGAUGAGGAUGCAAGGAGAAGAGGCCAUUGAUACAGCUUUCAUAUAACCAAGAGAAGGUCACUCAACAACAAGAGCACUUUACAUACAUUAUUUUCAUAUUUUUGUAGGUAAGGAAACUAAGACUCACACAAGCUUCCUCAGGACAAUGCUUUCCACAUUUGAGCUGAUCACUAGAAGUGUGGUCCAGGAACUGGACCGAAAGGGAAACCUAAUUCCCCUUGAGAGCCUUAUUGAUGCAGACAAAUUCCACUGUUGCUUUCUUGUGUACAAAAGAGAGAGCUUUUUCCCUUUCUUUAAACCUCGAUACUGUAAGACGGGGCUUACUAUGGAUGACCUUCUGGAGAGCCAGGAUGAGCAUAUCUCUACAGAGGUAAAGAAAAGAAAAAAGUAUGGGGUUGAGGAGAAUGCAGAAAAGAAGAUGAACAUUUCAUUGAAAUUACCCCAAAGCAUAUCCUUGGAGGUGAAUGUUGAUUGCAAUAAAGGGUAUGACUUGCAGUUACAGCACUUCGAGAUCUCUGAGAAAGGAAAGGAGUCUUUGCAACUUCGGAAGCUGAAAGAAGAGCAGCCUUCCUUAGUCCAGGCAUUAAAGGAAAAGGGGAAGAAUCUGUAUAUAGUGGUAGAAACUGUGGAGAUGACAGAGGAACAGAAAGUACACCGGAAAUAUUUCCUAGAGACCUUGUUCCAAGUAGUGCUGGAGAAAAUAAAGCUGUACAACAAUAACAGCUGUGCCGUCACCAUCCCUUCUAAGAGUGUUCUUGCCUUUAGGACAAACCUGCUGGUCUUUGAGAAGGAGUGCUGUCGAAUUUUUUAUUCUGAUGACAAAAAUUCCUUCUCAUUAGAAAGUGGUAGUGGCUCCAGAUCAGGGCAGACUGAGGAACCCUCCCAGCCUCUGCAGAACUUCAAUGAUCUUCAGAUGAAGUUGAUGGACUUGAAUGGCGAGCUCCAGGACCUGGAAAAAGACCAGAGAAAGAAUGUGCUGGAUUCCCUUGUGAAGCAUCUAAAGGAAGGGACCCUGAAGGAACUGGAAGAAAGGGUAAUGAAGGUCCUUCUCACAGAAGAGCUGGAUGACUCCAAGGACCCAGUCCUGAGCAUCCUGUUUAGCAGCGGUGGAAGCUUCAUGGCCCCAAAGGGUGAUGCCAUACUGGGCUUCCUUCAGGCCCUAAUAGAACUGAAAGAGGAACGACAGAUGCUCCUGGCCGUGGCUGUGGAAGAAAAGCUGUUGUCUGAAACGAUGACGUUGGUGAAGAACAUCCUAAAUCAGACCUCUGAGAGGGAGCCCAAACCAUUCUCUCUGAAGGCUGACUCAAUCCCUCAUAUCCUUGUGAUAAUGUGUGACCCAGAGUACCAGGAAGACAAAGAGCUCAAAGUCACCUGGAACUCAGAAGCAUGCCACUUAUUUUGUGCCCUGUACAUAGCCCUUUCCGUCCUGCUGCUCUUAGCUUAAGGUCCCAAUUCUGGCAGAUGCUGCUGGCUUCUGUAAUUAGUUUUUCGGUUUCAUACAAUCUGAAUUGAAAGGGAUUCUGGAGGCCAACUAAUCCAAUCUGUAACUUGAAGAAAUUAAAUUGAUUCUAUAUCAUUUUUCUAAUUUCUCCUACUUAAUUGAUUUUGUCCUAUCACUGCGUAUGUCCCAGUUCUUUGUCCUUGAACUUAGUUCAAAAAUUCAGCUGGCUUGUAAUGAGUUAGGUUUAGAAAUCCAGUUUUUGUAUUAACUACUUGCCUCAAGAAAAUCUGUUCUCUUUGAGAGCUACAGGGAAACACCAGAGACUCUGGUCCACUAUCUCUAACCUUGCAAGUGGACUCAAACAGUGAACAUUUCUCAGUCACAGGAGUUUGGCUAUCCUUCUAAGGUAGUUAAAAGAAAACUUGGUACCCCUCAUAACUUCAGCACCUGAAAAAUUCCAUGACCUCUAUUUGCUGUCUUUGAAGAUUUACAAGCUGACCCGGUGCAUUUCUGCAGAAUAUACUGUCUAUCCUUGCCUGUCCUUGUAUAGUUAAGGAAGGUCUUAGCACUUUCCUGAAUGCCAGGAAAUCUGCUGGGUCUGGUCCAUUAUCCCUAGCCUCCAGAUGCAGAGGGCUCCCAUGAAUCAAUCAAGUAUUCCUCUAAGACAGAGAGGGAUGGAUAGUCACUAGCCCCACGAGAGUGUUAGCCUCCUCUUCUUAAUGUAACAAUCAAGCUAUGCUCACCUCCGUGAUCUUGUCAGCCCAAUAACCAUAGCUUCCUCUCCAGUUCUGUGUUCUACGCUUAUGAAAAAGUAGCUGCUCUUCUUCCUCUGAGUAAUUGGCCUGAGGCCAUUUGACUGACUUUAUUAACAGGUUCAUGUCCUACUAAUAAAUUGAUAAAGCUCAAAA